UGCCACUUUGAGUCCUUGACUCGAUAACACGUUAAUCACCCUAAUAGUAAUAAACCUUCUACUCAUGCAUAACUGCAUACGAGAGAUUUAGUCCAUCACAUGUGAUCUGUAACCUUCACACGAUCGUUGCGAGUUUUGAUCCUUUGUCAAUGUUUCAACUUUCCUAUUACUCAGCUAACUGAGAGUCUGAGUCUAAUUGAGCUACUAGUGCGGGUGACAUUAUGGAUGUUCAGGCCUUCGCCCGUCUGUCAAAAAAGCUGGCCAAGGUGCCAAAGAAGAAGAAGGAGGAGGGGUCCUCGGCGAGCCAACCCCUCGUCGAUGAAGUUUUCAAGAAGGCCGGGGCCUCCCAGGUUCCGGAAGCUAAGGAGCCUCCCAAGGAGAUUGCUCCCGCUGAUACCGGUGCUGGUGCCGGGGGCUCCCAAGCCGGGGAGCUUAAGAGGAAGAAUGCCGGGAAGGGCUCCAAGCCUCCGGUGACCAAGAAGUUGAGGGGGGCUGAUGAAGGUAAGGGUGCCCCCCUGGUGAUCCUUGAAGAGCCCUCCCCCUCUCACCUGGUGGAUCUUGAGGAGGGGGCUUGGCCGCAGGAGACGGUGCAGUUCUCUUUUAAGAAGGGGACUGCCAUCGUCCAUGGCACCCUCGAUCCGAGGGAAUACUUGGAGGGUGCUACUCCUCCAUUAGAUCGCUCGACCCUCGGCAAAUUUGAGGACGAAGCCCUCGAGCGGAGAGCACUUGAGGCCUCGGUCACGGCUAGCCUGGCCUUCGGAGAAUAUGUCCGGAGGAUGGAACAGCUUCGCCUCCGGAAGGCGGAAGAUGAUGAGGCCCUCAAGAGGCUUGUCGCCAAGAACACUGAGGCCAUCAGGAAGAUGGCUGAGCUAGAGGAGGCCCUGAGGCUGGCGGGCGACAAGCUGGAGGCCGCGAGGGUGGAGGCUCGCUCCGAGGGGAAGGCUGAGGCAGAGAAGGCAGCUGAGGAGGCCUCAAAGAAAGCUGCUGAUGAAGCCGAGAAGGCUAAGACCGAGGCCGUGGCCAAAGCGAAGGAGGAUGCUGUUGCUGCUUUCCUUGCCGAGGGAUGGAAAUCCGAUGAGCACCAGGGAUGGGUGGCCUCGGUCAUUGAGCAAGGCGUCGGCGCUUGGGUGAAGGGCCCCGGGUCCGAGUGGAUGGCCCUGAGAGGCAAAGACUAUUUCGAAGGAGGUGAGUUCUUCACCCAGCGCCUGAUAUAUCGGAAGUUGGCCGAGCAUUUCAAGAUUUCCAAGGAUGACUUCGACCCUUCGGCCUAUGGUCUUCCUCCCCGGCAGCCUGAUGUAAGGGUCCCCCUCCCGGAGGGCGAGGAAAGGGUUCAGCUUGCAGACUCCGAGUUGAUGAGGGAGUACGGCCUCCAGGACGAAGAAGAUACGGAGGAUGACGCAGCCUCGAAGCCGAGGAACGAGGCAGCCGCAGAACCACAACCUUGAAUUUUUCUAAGUACAUUUGAAUGUAAUAGUGGUAGACUCUGGCUUCGGCCUUGUAUGUGAACAAACACUUAUUUUGUACCCUGAAUGAAUGAUCGCCUUCGGGCUCCUUGUAUAAAUGACUGCCUCAUUUCUCUUCAAA